ACGACGUCGGGAAGAAUGGCUGGAGCGAAGCGGCUGCGAUGGGUCGGCCUAGCGGUCGUCAUGGCUGCACUUGUGCUAGUAGCAGGCGAGAACCAAGGUGGGGAUGCGGCGAAGUCAAGCACUGAAGCCAGCGCUGACAGCAGCUCCAACACACUUUUCAGCUACAAGGACAUCACAAGUUUCCUGCAAACAAGAUGGGAGCACACUGUGAAGUUGUUCGACCGCGACUGGCUCACGGAUGUCAUCAAGCUGCACAAGUCUCCGAAAGACUUCAAGAGGUUCUAUUGCGAUGUGAAAGUGUUUUUCCUCAGUCUCAGGGGCUAUGAGAAGGAGGCUACCAAUCAUACCUCGCUGCUGCGCCUCACUGUGAAGAGGCCAAUCUAUGCCAAACUUCUGAAUGAAGUGUUGGAAGAAAGCCACAAGCAGCCUGGAGAAUGGAUUGUAGCCAAAGAGCCUGUGGAGGGAUACAACGUUUCGAAGAAAUCGGUCGACAAGUUCAAGAAGUUCAUCGGCCAAAUCCCUUGCCUCGAGAUGAAACGUGCUGCGUGGAAGGAUGACAACAUCGUUUUCAAGGCUAAGAUCAAGGAGGGACAUGAGAAGGAUGGCCGUAUUCUGAGCCUGGCGAUGGGAACUCUGCACUCAGGGCUGAAUCCGAUCAAGAGGUUCAAGUACGCGCUUGCGACGUCCCUUGAAGUUCCAGCGGACCUUCCUUGGAGAAUAGCGCACAUUCCCUUUGAGAUGACCUUGUGGAUUAUCAUCGACUGCAGUGUGAUGUUCACAUUCUACAUCAUCCCACAUUCUGACGGAGUGCUGAACUAUGUGGACAA